AUGGAUACUACGAAUGUGACGAGUUCUACACAGAGUUCCCUAUGCAUUCGAACUCAUGAAAAUUUCUGCACACAAUUCUGUGCUCAGGUUGACAAAUAUGUUGCGAGUGGAUGCCCUCAAAAUAAUGAAAAGUAUGCUCAACAGAUAAUCAAGAUUCUAUCACAAUUGUCAGAGGAGCAUCGUUGGCACAAUUUCACGAAUUUUGUGAAGCAGCAGUGCGGAAAGGAUGGAGGAAUGCUAUUUUCGAAUUUUGUUAAAAGCUGGUAUGCUGCCAUAAGUCAUGUGAGCGCCGAAACAGAUCACGUUUUACCAAUGCUAUUACUAAUUAUGGAAGUAGUGAAAGUUGAUAAUCUUGGAUAUGAAUCCAUUAUAAUACUACACAAUGUGCUUGAAGAACAGAUAUAUAAAAUGAGUGGAAAUGAUAUAAAAGUUUUUGGUGCAUACAUUGUGGAGAAUUUCAUGAGCGGAUUCAUGUUGAAAAAAAGUUGGUUAAGUGCCACAAGCAUAUUUCUUCAGUGUGUAGUGAAGUCGGAGAACAAGUUUAUUGAAUGGGAGGAGAAUACUGUUGGUUGUGUGGAGUAUCGUGUAUGCUUUUUGCUGAAACUACUAAUUGAUAUUGUAAGCUGCAAUUCAUUUAAAGAGCUCGUCGUUGUGUUAAGAAAAUGUUCCUUGUAUGACAUCCUCAUUUUAUUUGUGGAAGAAAUGAUGCAUAUUGAAACAACACCAGAAAUCUGUUUGAAAUUGAUUGUCGUGCUUCCCGAGGUGAUUAACUGGAAAGGAGAACAAAUAUGUGAUCAUCUUUUGGCGAAAGCAGAUUUUCCAUUCGAGGAUUUGUACAUGUUAUCGGUUCAACUUCACGAACUGUUCAACUCUAGCGUCACCAUUUCAAAAUUAUUCCUUGCUCGAUUAAAGCGUAAUCGGCAGCUUGUGUCAUGCAGUAAAUUCGCGCUCAUAUGCUUACUUUCGCUAUGCAGUAUAACACGAUAUCGUUUGGUAAGUAUGGCAGAGCUGAAGCAGAAUGUCGUCAAACUACAGAAAUAUUGUGAUCGGUUGAAAAGAAGUGCUUGGAUUCGUGACGUUAUGGGUGACUGUGAUGUGGGAAUUUUGAAAGGCAAUUUAGAUGCAAUUGUAGAAGCUGCAGUUAGUGAUACCAAGUGGUAUUCUGUUAUCGGCAAUACACUUGAACAAGUUGCUCUCAUGCUGCUGCUAGAUAAAUGCAAUACUGAAAUUAAAUUUUCUGAUGGCAGAAUUGUGGAAAAUGCAGGAACUAUAUCACUGGGGAAGUCAAUACUGAUCUCAUUAGCAAGUAUAAAUGUAACAUCCAUUGGCCAGUUACUAGAAAGAAUCCUUACAAUAUUGUUCACAUGCGUUAAACAAAACUCUGCACUUAUUUUGAUUGAUACGAUUGUUGAUAUUGUAUCGAAACAGACAGUGCAUGUAUUGAAUUCCUGGAAAUCAUUGCGAUCCUGGAUGGACAGUAUAUGCGAUUUGAAAGAGACUAUUGCUAUUUCACUGGUUCGCGCUUUACUACCAGUUAUUAUAUUACGACCGCAGUUAAUUGCCAUUAUACUCAAUCGGAUGAAAAAACAUGUAUUAUGUGAUUCAACGGUUGCUACAGUCUUACCAAUACUGCUUCUUCUCCUACGAUCAUCGACAAUGCGUUCGGCUGUAAAAAGUGAUUAUUACAGUCAAUCUUUCGCUACUUUUUCCACUCAGGCUCUACAAAGCAUGGGUGUUGAAACGAAAAACACGAAUACUGAGCUUUCAUUAGAAAUUAUUGGAAUCUUGAAGCGAACCUUUUCGCAGCCUGCAAACAUUAAAAGCAUAGGUAUUGUUGAAGCAGCAUCUGCUAAUCAGAAUUUGGUGUAUCCGACUUUGGAUCUUCUGGUAACACAUCUUGCAACUCUAAAGCAAAUAUCUCGUUCUACCUACAUUGAAUCUUCGAAAUCUUCUACUAUCUUACUGGAACCUUUGUCUGAUUUAGUCCAGGCUGUAAGCUUACUGACGCGUAUAUCGAUAUAUGGUUUACGAAACACAUCGACUCAAGUUGUAUGCGGCAAAGAUGCAAAAGUAUGCCAAGCCAUAUCCGAAUUGGAUAAACUUACUGAAUUUGCUAUAGAGCAGGAUGUGCACGAUCUACAGUUGGAUAAGCUAUCGGAUUUUUCAUUUUCUGUUGCUGGUCGAACGAAUCUAAGCUUCGCCUCACUGAUGGUUUCCCUCUACGAUGCUCUUAUCGAACAUAUGUGGAAUAUAAGCUCUGUGCUUACCAGGAGGGAAGAAGCGGAAAAAGUGCUGGCAUUGUUGCGCAGACGUGAGGAGAUAAACGAAAUUCUGAAAGAAAAAUCGGCAAAAAAGAAAGAGAGCAAGGGAGAGAAAAUCACUGUUUCUUAUUCGUCUACUACACCCUAUUUGCAGUCCAUAACAAGCAUAAUUUCACGAUUUAUUCAAAAGAUUAAUGAAGAAGAUAUCGAUAUAAACGAAGAAUGCUUGCAACUUCUUCGUGAAAAUAUGUUUGUAUGGGCGUUAGAUUGGGCGCAGCGCAUUUCCAUUGACAUAUACAAGAGUAAUAUUCGCGUGCCUUUUAUCGCACUUUCUUCUUUUUCAAGGACUAUGCUUCUUGUAUACGUAGGUGGAAGUUUUGUUCAUGAAUCAGCUUCGUUUGAAUUAUGGAAUAACAAAUGUACAAAAGCCGUUGUGUCAUUCUCCAAUGUAAUUUCUUUGAUGAUCUCAAAAUACGGUUUUCGUUGUGAUGGUUUCCUUGUAGAAAUGUGGCAUAUCUUAGAGAAAUCAGAUGAAGAGCAAAAAGAACACGAAAAUGCUGCAUCUUUGAUGAUUCGAUUCAUCUUGUUACAUCUGAUGCCGCGAUUACUUGAGACUUAUAAGGACUUCGAGGAACGGAAGAUGGUGUCAGAUUUUACACACCAAGCAUUUGCACUAAUUGCAGUCUGCCGUACAUUGUUCAAGCAAGUAUCAAAUGAAAAGGCGCAACUGAAAUGUGCAAAGCUUAUUCGCAAUAUAUUGGAGAAAAAUGAAAUAGGUGAUAAAACCAUACUAAAAGAGAUUUGGUAUCUUUAUGUGUAUAUCGAACGAGCUGGUAGCUGUAAUAAUAAUUAUAUGAAUUUUUUGCGAAGUGCCGCCACUCAAAUAAUAACUGUCCUGAGCAAUAAGGAAAAAGAAAGCAUUCAUUUAUUGGCAUCUAUAAACGAUUUAACAGUGGAAACAAGUGCAGAAAUGCUGGCUGCAGCCUGCUCAGCCUCUCUAUCAGAUGCACGUUUGACUGCCGAAAUGAUGUCUCAGAUUUCCAUAUCCUCAAUGGAUGUUGGUCUCGUCAAAGUAAUCGAUUUGUGCAGUAAAUUAGCUGAUGUAGUUCUUCUAUUGCUCUCAGUACACAUUGAUUAUGCAGUGGCCAAAGAGCCGAUUUGUGCAUUGUUAACUGCGCAAUACGAAGUGCUCAAUGUAGUUGUUAAAUUGAUGCUGAAGACACACAAAUAUAGUGACAUUUCUGAGUGGAUGGCUGUAGCCAAAUUAGCAUCGCUUGCUCAUGGCAGUAUCCUGCGAAUUAUGGAGAACGCUGACGAAAAUGUAGGAACACUGAAUCCGCUUGAUGAACCGUCUCUUACUCAUAACCGAAAAGUAUCGAAGUCGCACAAGGAUGAAACGCUUUAUGUUGCUUAUGUACGAUCAAGAGAACUUUAUCAGGCUAAUCUCUUGUUGCUGUGCUCAGCCUUGCACGAUCAUCGACUAGAUGUACAGGUUAGGAACAAUUCGAUUGGUGUUCGAGAUUUCCGUAUAGAUGCCGAAAAAUUACGACAGCGAGUAGAGGAACUGGGCGAGGAGGCUGAGAACGAGGAACGAGUACGAAAUGAUCAGAAAAGAUCGGCUAAGAAACGUGCACGUAUUGAGAAAGAUGAUGUUAUUAAUGUCUGA